UGGAGUGAAUAAAAAAAAUUCGCUCGCACGCGUGUUGUGCCACUGCUGCUGCUGCUGCUGUUGCUGCUGUGCCUCUUGACUGUAUAGUUGUGCGCGCUCGACGACGACAACGACGACGACAACCCCCGCAAAGAGGUCGAUCCCCCGGCCCGAUCAGCGCAGUCCCCCAACUGAUCUCUCAUGAGUCAAAAUCCCGGAGGCGCGGCAGACAGAUGGCGGCCGAUGUCCAUUUCCAAUCCGUCGACGCGGCUGCGAAUGGCUCGCUCCAUGCCCCACUGGCUCAUGGCACAAAAGAAAUCUGACCAGCAGCAGCAGCAGCACUCUCAAAAAAGAGACACGUGUCGUCUGCCGACACCCCCGAAGGUGCCACCACCCACGAACUCGUCCUCCGUCGACGGCGCCGAGCCGGACUACGAAGUCAUCGAAUUUCCUCCCCCCUCGUCGUCGUCGUCUGCGACGAUGUCCGCGCCUCGACUCAACCAGACGACGGACGUUUGGACGGCCAACCGCAACAACGAUCGAAGCAGCAAUGGGAAAAUUCCGAGUCACGGUCUCAACGGCCAGUCCAAAGCCUCGAGCAGAAACAACAACGACACAUCGAACGGCCACGGUUCGUCAUCGUCCUCCUCCUUUUCGAGCGUCAAGUGCAGCUUGUGCGGCUGCGAUCGCGUCUCCGUCUACUGCGACGGCUGUAAAAGCGAGUUCUGCGACAGCUGCGACGAGGCCAAUCACAAGCACCCCAAGCGACGGAAUCAUACUCGAAGACGAUCGUCGGCAUCGUCGUCGACGACGUCUUUCCCCGUCAAAACCACACCGCCGCCACCAGCGGUAAUAUCCCACGAGAAUGGCCGACAAAAUAAUCAUCAUCUACAUCAACAGAUCAAACCACCCCUACCGCCGAAAGGCGAUUUGGGCACGCCGCCGCCCGUGCCACCGCCGAGAAGAAAUCGAGGAAGAGGCAAUCAGCCUCCACAAUUUCCCAACUGUAUGGACAAAUCGGCGAGUCUGAAACGCGCGUCUCUGACGAAUCUCAACAGACCUUUACCGAACUUACCGACCAGUCCGAAUCAUCAUCAUCAGCAGCAGCAUUUCGUUCACCCGAGCUCGGGCACGAUGGGCUCCCAGCCAUUCCCUACACCCGACAACAGCCUCAAUAAUCCCGAUAGAAUGACGAGCUUACAGGAAAGAUACCGAAGAUACCAGGAGGCGAUGCGGGCUCAGGACGCGAGUCGACAGGCAGCCCGAGGCCGACCCGAUCCCCACGAGCCGAUCUCGAGGCCUCUGAGCGUGGGCUCGCCACCGCCGCCCCCGCACCCUCCCCCGCCGCAGCAGCAGUCGCACUUCAUGCGGCCGAUGCAGCAGCAGCAUCACCAGUCGGCGAGCGUCUGCGACCUGACCUCGGCCAAUCUGCACAGCAUGAUGUGGCAGCCCAACAUGCAUCAGGCCCAGUCCGUGGCGCAGAUGAGCAACAACAACCCGAUGAUGUGGUAUCCCAAUCCCUGGGAUCCUCACUCUUCCCAAGUGGCAGCUGGCCAAGGUGGCUUCGGCGGCUCCAGCAUGAGUCUGAAUCACGCCUGGCCGCCCGCUUCCGCCUAUCCGGGGGUGCCGGUGUCUCCCUAUCCCGGUGGCCCUCAUUAUCCCGGGGGCAUCCCCCAGUAUCAGUAUCGCUCGCAGUCGAGAAAUCACAGUCCGGCGCGCAGCACCCGGUCCGGACGUAGGUCCAAGGCGCCGUCCCCGUCGCCCUCCGUCAAGUCGCGCAAAUCCACCGCCUCGAAUCGCUCGAGACUGAGGCGCGGCAGCAGCAACAACAACAACAACAACAACACGACGAGCUCGCCGUCGGACGCCUCGUUCGAGGACUCGGACGAGUCCGACUUGGACGACAGGAUGUCGCGUUGCUCCAGGACCCACCAGUACAACUCGUCGGCGGCGGUUGGGCGCAGAGACAGUAUCGGCAGCGGUUCGAGGUCCAAGGCCAGUAGUAACAAGGCUUACUAUCAGGACGAGCUGGGAAGAAGCAGGAAAAGCUGGCGAUCCGAGGACCGUAUCAACGGUUUCGAGGAGCAAUGGAUCGCCCAUCACUUCGCUCCCAACGGCAACAACAACGCCGUCGACCUGGAGGACGAUCGUCGCUCCGUGAGUUCGCUCAGAUCGGGCCGCAGCAGACACCAGCACAGCAGCGGUCGAGGCAACGGCCGCGCGGACAGCGAGGAGCGCCAGUUUCAGCGUCAGCAGCUGCUCAGCGGCCAGAGCACCGACGACUCGGCCACGCCCUACAGGGAUCCGACGACCAAAGUCACGAGCUCGUCCGAGGAUUACAACGAUCAUCAACGGCAGAGGAGAGCAACAACGACGGCCGCCGACAGAGCCGGUACACUGCCCAGGUCUUACGGGAGCAGAAAGUCGACCGCGUCCGCGUACGGUAGAGAGGCAGCGGCAGCGAACGAGGCUAGACAGCGAGGCAAUUCGGAGGAGAGGGUGGAUGGCGGUAGGAGGAGAUCGGGAUCGGCGAGGACCGGCCGAUUUUCAUCCUACGACGAGUCGGACGGACUCGAGCAGUCUUCGCGAAGUACAAGAGACAAUAAUUCUGAAAAGAGCAACAAAAGAUCGUCGACGCAAGAGUCUCGGCGAGGCAGCAGCGGUCAAGACAGUAAUCGAAAGUCGAGAUCCUUCACUCCCGAAUCGAACUCGCGCGAAAAGUCGAAGCUGCGCUCGCCCACCCCGGAAAAACGAUCCACGACUUCCCCGUCGAAGCACAGCAGAGCCACGAGCAAUGGCGAAAAACAGCGUCAGCAGGAGAAGAAGCCGCCGAUAUCGCCUACGAGCGACGGUAGUAAGCAGCGCAACGGCACCAAACGCAGCCCCGAUUCCACGUCGAGCAAGAGCAAUCAGGAUCUGAUGUCGGAGCUCAUGAACGGCGAGUGGCCCUGCGAGCACUGCACCUUCCUCAACGACCCCAAGGACAAGAUAUGCGCGGUCUGCUGCAAGACCAAGGCGUCGGCCCUGCCGCCGCCCCGAAAAUCCGACGACGAGGACGACGAGGAGACGCGCAGCAGCCUGGCCAAACUCAAGCUGCUGACUCAGGCGAGCAACGGAGGGAGCAACGGCAACAGCACCGGAGGCAGCAACGGCGAUACCAAAGCCACAGACGUCGACGUAACGAGCGACGAUCAGAACAAGUCGUCCGAAGUCGUGGACGACUCUCAAGUGACCGAGACGGACGAGUCCGGAUCCACGAGCCACAAGUCCAGCUCGAAAGCUCGCAGCACGUCGAGAGGCACCUCCCCGUUGAAUCUCGUCCAGCUCGAGUCCUCCAGCGAGUCGACGGAAAAAGUAACCGUGGAAACUCCUAGCAAUAAGAAGACUGAAAAAAAAUUAGACGACGGUAGCAAGGAAAUCAAGACCACUGGCAAAGCGAACGGCGAGAUUAAACUGGAGAAAUGUUCUUCGGGUGGCACGACGACCGACUCGAUCGGCACGCCGACGCAGGAGGAGGAGAAGGUGGUGUCGUCGAGCAACGAAUUGACUUCGAAGAGCGAGGGAAAGGUAAAGAGCACGAGUGUUUCUACGGGCACGUCACCACCCCCACAAAGCAUAUCGACACAAACUUACGAAGAUCCGAAACUAUUGAAAGAACAAGACGAGCAGCCUCAUCGAGCGGCAGUACCCCUAGCGAGAGCAAAAAGCUCAACGAAGUUUCAAGAUAUCGAAGACUCGGAAGAAGUCAACGAAAACAGAUUCGCCGUGCUGAACAAUAAUAAUAAUAACGUCAACAACGGCAUGAUCAUCGAUGACGCUUACAACGUGCGACAACUGCAGCAGCAGCACGCCCUGGCGAUCGGAUCUCUGAGGCCGGAUGAUCAUCAUCAACAUCAUCGCCAGGUGAUGGUCGGCAGGUGCGACUCGCUCUCGUCGCUGCAUCAGUUCUAUCGCAACAGAGAGAGCAGCCUACCCCGCUUGUACGAGCGCGACUCCAUCACCAGCGCCAGCAAUCCCCUACUAUUCCAACAACAACAACAACAACAACAACAGCAAGCAUCUAUCACGCGGCAAGACUACGAGCCUCUGGUCGAGGUUCUGCGCGAGGCCGAGCUCAGGGGCUUCUCCGCGGACGAUAUCCAGGUGGCCGUGCAUCAAUCGCCGCGAAAUCCGCUGGACUGGCUGCAGCAGCAGUGGCCGCAUCUCGUCGAGACCGUGCAGAUACUGGCGACGACGCGCGGCCGAGAGCUCGCCGCCGGUGCCGACAAUAACAACGGCUUCAACGACGUCGGCGUGCUGAGCUCGCACGAGGCCAAGGAGGUGCUGAGGGCGGCCAAGGGCGAUCCCUGGAUAGCCGUGGCCAGUGCCAUUCAGCUGAGGCAGAGAAAGUGUCAAACGAUCAUGGCGAAGGGAAACUUCAAUCUACAAAGUGUAGUGGCGGCUUUGAACAACAAUAAUGGCAACGAAGAAGCGGCACUGCUGGAGUUGCAGAAAGACCAGCUGAAACCGUUUCUAAUGAGAAUCUGGGGACCCCCGACCGGAGUCGAGAACGAAGAGGCACCGCCAGCAGCAUCUACAGUUGCGAUUUCGGCUUCAGAAUCAUCGAACCAAGCAUCAACAGCAGUGACAGCAGCAGCAGCACCGGCUAAACAACUCGUAACCACCCUCGGCUCGCCCGCGAUCGACGAUAAGGAGGCGAUGACACAGGUAAAUCCCUCGACGGUCUCGAGUGUAAAUUCGGACUUUCAGGCUCGAUCGGAAGCUACAAGUAGCUCUUCAGUAAAACAGAGAGCGAUCACCGACGUACAAAAGGUCGCGCACACGAUCAAUCAGUCGCCGAAGCUCAGGGACGAGGUCGAGCUGCUGAAGGAGGCCUCGGAGAGGCUCGAGAGAGAACUGAUGAAGUUGGCCGUGAAAAUUGAUACGGAGAAGGCGGCUAAGAGUAAGAAAGACGCCGAUAAAGUCGACGAUCAACUUUACGAAAAUGUAGAAUUGAAAGUCGACGAGAAUGAAUCGGAGAAACGUGAUGAUGAUUCGGUGGUGACUGACGCAGAAAAUGUAAGUAUCGCGGGGAAGGACGAGAAAGAUUCGAACGUAAACGAGGAGAAGGCAGAGAUUGCCGAAACGAUCGAGAAAGAAAGUAAUAAUACGAUUGACCAAGAGGAUGAGAAACAUGCCGACGACAAAACGCAGCAACAGCAGCAGGUGGAAAGCGUGAAAUCGUCGAAACAUCAUCCCGUGGCCGUGAAACAAAUCAUGACCGCCAUGAAGAUGCUGCCCGAGCAGCUGAUCGAUCAGAUCUCGGCUGCCAUUGAGAUGCUGACUCCAAAGGAACAACAGCAGCAGCAGCAGACCACGAAGCGAGAAGCCGUGGCUCGUGGUACGCUUGAGUCGACUCAAGUAAAAUCGAUCGCAGACGUCGGUGAUUCUUUAUCGGUAACUGCUGCCGCUGAUGUUCCCGCGCAAGCUGUGGAGACCGUUGAAAAUAUCGAAAAAGUCGAAGUCGAGCCGGAGGAGAAUAUCGUUCGAGGUAACGAGGAUGAAGAUAAAAUCGAGGAAGUGAAGAGUCAAUCCUUCGAUCGAGCUACAAUCGAUACGAAUGAGAAAAACGAGAAAAAUGAGAUUAAUGUAAAACACGAUAUCGUAAAAGUCGAAGUUGAAUCGGUAGUUGUAGAAAAACUCCCAGAAGUAAUAGAUAGCUCGGAUUCACCUAGUACAAAUGAUACGGCCAAAAUCGAUGAUACGAAAAAUUCGGAACCCGUCGUCGACGUGCAGCAAGACGAUUAUCCAGAACCUCAACAACAAGUUGUCGAUGUAAUGGAGCCUUCGAAGGAAGUUCAUUUUUCAGAAAAACCUAUUUUACAAACCAUCGCUCGAGUCGACGUGACCCCUAGCAAACCGGUGAGCACCAUUCGCAUUCAAGAGUCUCAAACGGCCACCCUCUCUUACGAGAGCUAUUCUCGCUUACCCGACAUCGAUUCGACUCAAAAAACGAAGCCUGAGAUAAGUAACGAUAUUUCGUACAGCGAGCCUAAUCCCAAAUCUACCCACGAUACCCCGGAAACUCUCAACAAAAGCGACAGUCUGUCGUCCGAAGAAUACUGCUCAGUUUACGACGAUGCGCUCGACAACGUAUCGUCGCAUCGAGCGCCUAAAAACAAUCGAAAGUCCAUCAGUAGGAACGUCAGCAACGAUUCUACGCUCAGCGCGUCCUCGAUAAUAUCGCAUCAUGAAGACUCGUCCAUCAGCAAAUCUUCGGAAUCUCAGUCGACGUCUCAUAUAGUGGCCACCAAUGCGGUACUGACUCUGUCGCCGUCGAAACAAUCAGUGGAAGAAGUAUUGACCGUUGAAAAAAUGAAGAAAUCUAACGGAGUCGAUGAUGAUAAGCAGAAACUCGUAAAAAGCGAUAGCGUUGAAAAGAGAAAAUGCCCUGAAAGUGAGAAUAAUAACGAUGUCGAUUUGCAGGUAAUUAUGGAAAAUAAGCUCAAUAAGAAAAACGAGAGCAAUUGCUGCCCGAUAAACCCGUUGAUACAUGGAAAAACAUCUUUCCAGCCUAUUUGCACUGAAAAAAUCCAAAUUUUUGAGCUGAAAAUUUCCGAACCGCCUACGGUAGCCGUGAAAAAUGCCGCACCGCCGAUCACCGUAAAAUCGUUGGAGAAAGACGCCAACGACGAUAAGAUCAAAGAUUCCGAAUUUUACGACGCCAAAGAAGAUUUUUGCACCGAGAAAGAAAUAGCGAAGCCGACUCCGACAAAAAAAGACGUUGUGAAAUCGACCGCUACCAACGUGGUAGUAAAAAAACCAAACGUUCAACGCGUCAAAGUGUCGAUCAUCAAGAGUCAAGCGCGUCCGCCGCCGGAAAAAUCGUUCAACAGAGUACGGCCCAAGUCGCCGCCUAAAAAGGUCAUAGUCGGCAGGAAAUCUCCGUUUAAGAUCGCGAAGAAGAAUAUAGUCGUUCCCAAAAAUACCUACUCGAAGACAAAAACUCCGCCUAAGUCGCAAACGUUGCCGAACAAGAUGACGUUGAAAAUUUUACCCGUCAAACAGAAUCACGAGCAAAAUAAAAAUUUGAGUAAGAUUCCGAGAAUAAAUAACUUUAACAUAAAGAAUAAUAAAAAGGUGUUGGCGGUUGUGAAUACUUGUAAAGAGCAAAUAAAUCAAGGAUAUUCGCCGAUGAAAAAUUCAUUGAAUAAGCUCAAGAUUCAUAACAUCAAUAAUUUGAUUCACAACAAAUUGCAUAAUUUGGAGAGAAAUAAAAAAAUGUUCUAUCUUUCAAAGAUACCAGUACUAAAGGACUCUAGACGUCCGGUAAGUAAGUAUCUCAAAAAAAAUAACCGAGAUUUGGAAAUCGAGUCGAAAAAUUUCCUUAACAAUAUCGUUAUAAAUAAUGACUUGAUUGACACUUCGAAUUGCAAAGUUAUGAAUAAAUCGCAGGAAAUUAUCGAAACUUUAGAAUGCGACAUUUUGAUGGACUGCGAGGAUGUAUGCGAAAAAGAGGAGAUUCUUUGUCAAAAGCAGAAUUUAGAAUCGAUAAAAAUAAUUGCGAAUGACGAAUGUUUGAAGUAUCAAGACACCAUCAAAAAUAUUUAUGAAUAUGAAGCGAUGAAAGAUAAACAGGUUGACGAAGAGGUGCAAAAUUUGACUUCGAAAAUGAUCGAAACGAAAAAUUCCGAUCCUUUUGUAUGCAUAAAUAGUCCUCAAGAAGAUUUACCUGCUGAAAAUUUGACAACAUGUAAUGAAUUGAGUGAUAGUGUUGAUUGCAAAAAUAACGAUCAGCUUACAAAAUCUGAAAUUCAGACAGAAUACGAAGAAUCAAACAGUUUAUCAGAAUGUAAAAUUGUUGCAGAUAAAUUGGAAUGCAAUGAGCUAAACACUUUUAUGGCAGAAAAUUUAUCAGAAAACUGUGUUGAAGUAUCGGAUGAAAAAGAAACAAUAAUGAGAGAGUGCGAAACCGAUAUUGACAAUUUAAAAUGCUGUGAACUCAAUCAAGCGAUAAUUUACACUGAAAACACAAUUUUUCAACAGAACGUGAAGGAUGAUCAAGAAUUUUGUAAAGAAAAUGAAUCAGUUACAGAGGAAAUAAAAGAAGAAGAGAAACAAACCGAAAAAGCAGAAUUAGUGCCUGAAAAAGUAGAAAAUAAGUCACCCACCAUAGAUGAAGAAUUGUGCAGAGAAGUAAAUAGAGUUGAAGAAGAUGAAUAUGAAGAAGAAGAAUCAGAAAUUGAUGAGGAUGAAGAUGAGGACGAUGAUGAAUUAGAAAUCGAUGAAAUGCAAGAGAGCGACGAAAGCGAAGGCGACGACAUCGAAUUGAGCGUACCAAGUGCCAGUGGCUCCGAAGAAAGAAGAUCGAGCGAAAGCGAAUACACCGAAGAAUCGCCGGAAGACGACGUGCACUACAGCACCGAAUCGGACGGCAUCGAAGACUUGAGCGUCGACGACGAGGAAAACGAAGAAGACAUCGACGACGAAGAAACGUCAUCGGGUUCCCUGGACUCGACGAACGUCGAGCAAAUGUUGGAGAACACCCUGAACCGGAUCAAAGCCGAACUGUCCGACUUUCGCACGUCCAACGACGAUUCCAGCAAGAGCAGCUCGGAACAGAUUCACGAGGGCCAAGAGCGGGAGGAGGCGAGUGCGGAUAACGAAGCAGCGGCAUUAGCACCAGCAACGGCAAAUGUGAAUCAUUCAGACACGCUCGACAGUGCGAACGAAAAAAGUACAAAAGAUCGCGACGAGUUAAACGCGUCCCCCAAAACAACGAAGCCCAAAAAGCGAUUUUCAAUUGUAGCCAGCUACAUAGAACAGUUCGAGGGUCGGCCGCCGCCGAGAUACAAGCGAGGAGAGCACAAGAGGGAGCCGUCCACGACGAGCAGCGGUCACAGCGGCAGCAGGUCGUUGGCUGCCAGUAUUCAAAAGGACCUGUCUCCCACGACCGAACGGGAGAGAGUAGCCCGACGAUUGCUAGCCGAGGGCCGAGUCACGAGGUACGCCGAGGCCGAGAUCGCGGCGAAUCUGCUCGCGCUGAAGUUCACCGAGGCCGAGGCCUUGAACGCCUGCCGUCAGUGCCCGAGCGUCGAGGCCGCCCUGGCCUUUCUCCAGCAGGAGUGCGAGCUGUGCACGGGCCGCUUCCCCAUGAACGAGAUGAUGUCGAUGCUGAGGUGCGAGCAUCGCUGCUGCGUCGGCUGCGCCAAGAACUACUUCACCGUGCAGAUAAGCGACCGCAGCAUCGCCGACGCCGUCUGUCCGUUCUGCAAGCAGCCGGAUCUAGUCGACGCCGCGGACGAGGACGCCGUACUCGAGUACUUCAGCCAUCUGGACAUACAGCUGAAGAGUCUGCUGGAUCCGCCGGUGCACGAGCUGUUUCAGCGCAAGUUAAGAGAUCGUACAUUGAUGCAGGAUCCGAAUUUCAAGUGGUGCGUGCAGUGCUCGAGCGGAUUCUACGCCGAUCCGACCCACAAGAGAUUGAUAUGCCCGGACUGCAAGUCGGUCACUUGUGCCUCUUGUCGAAAACCGUGGGAGAAGCAACACGAGGGUAUCGACUGCGAGCAGUUCGCGGCCUGGAAGGACGAGAACGACCCGGACAAUCAGGAAAAGGGCCUGGCCCAGCAUUUGAGGGACAACGGCAUCGACUGUCCCAAGUGCAAAUUCAAGUAUUCGCUCUCGCGAGGGGGCUGCAUGCACUUCACCUGCACCCAGUGCAAGUACGAGUUCUGCUGCGGCUGCGGCCGUCGCUUCGUCAUGGGCGCCAAGUGCGGCGUCUCGCCCUACUGUGCCAAGCUCGGCCUGCACGCCCAUCAUCCGCGCAACUGCCUCUUCUAUCUGCGCGACAAGGAGCCCCAGCAGCUCCAGAAGCUGCUCAGGGAGCACGAGGUGGCCUUCGACACGGCGGGCCCGAGCGGCCCACGCAGAUGCCGGGUCCAGCUGCAGAAGGAGACGCCCGCGGGCAUGGUGGACGCCAUCUGCGGCAACGACGUGCCCGAGAGCCACGCCGGUCUGUGCAGAGUCCAUUACAUCGAGUAUUUGGUGGGUAAAAUUCGCCGCGACUUGCUAGAACCCCUGAGUCUGCUCACGACAGACGACCUCGAGACUCUGGUCCUUCGCGCUGGUAAAAAGCUACCGGGCAAUUGGCAGCACUACGUCGAGUACCUGGCGGGCCUGGUGCUCAAGAGGAGGCUCGACCCUGUGGCGAUAUUCGAUUUGACGGAUGCCAAGCAGGAGCUGCGCCGCCGGGGAAAAGUGCCGCCCGCCAAAAGCUACCACAUGUCCGAGCAAGAUUACCUCGACGCCUGCAUUCAGACUGUGCGCAAAGAAAUUCCUCUGGAAUAACACAACAAGCAUUCAAGAUUUAUUAAUCUACGUUAAUUAUAUUGUCAAGUUC